AUGUCCCGCCCAUCUCUCACAAAAUCCAGCCUCCACUCUCUCUCUCUCUCCCUGUUCACCCAGCCGCCGGCCGGAUACGGCACCGACCAUUCAGAGAGUGGUGAUUCGAUGGACUGAAACGAGCAAAAGGAACAAAAGCUCCCUCCCCCCGGCCUCGGUUGAUUCAACAAAAGUAAACACCGUGGAAGAGGGAGACCUGUUUGCCGAUACCGGUCGCUCAGUCCAUAUCAUGGUCUCUUAUGCGAAGGAGGUCUUGCAGUAGUUGAAUGUCUCGUGGUCAAGUUAUCGUCCAGCGAAAUCUAGAAGCGUCGGUCUUUUGCCAACUCGCUUUAAAUUCAGCUCUCGUACAACUUAAAUACAACAAAAAGGCUGGCAAAUACUGUCGAUACAAAUAAGGCGAAAAAUAACCCAUAGCGUGUUGUGCAAAUUCCUGCGUGGGUUUUUUUAAGUCGUUCGAGUUUCUCAAGCUGCGAUGAGCUUUGUAUCAUGCGCGUAGGCUGUAGCUGAAUGGACCUUGUGUCGAUUUAAAGCAGAGAAAGCAAUGUUCUGAUUUUGUUCCAACAAACUUUUUUUUUAGAGCGGUGGAUGAGUCUCUGCGCAGGACAGGUUGUUGAUUAAUUCCGUGCAAGAGCGUGCUGGAUUCUCGGUGAAUGGGAGAAAGUGAACUGAAGGAUGGAGCAAGCUUCGGUCGCAAGAUGCAACUUAAAGUUUGUCGGAGUGGUGGCCCUGUUCUUGUUGAGCGCUGUCUUCUCGACUGAAGCGCUGUCGAUCCAGCGCAGCCCGAUGAACCUGACGGCGUCGGUGGGCGCGUCGGCCGAGCUGACCUGCUCGGUGGAGGGCGACCGCCGGAUGGACGUGGUGUGGCUGCGUGACGGCGUCGACUUGGGCGACGUUCUGAGCGAUCACGUCUCCGUGCGCGAGUUCACGCGCUUCGGCAGCGACGGACGCGAGCGGCUGCAGGUGGUGCUCAAGAUUCACCCCGUGGCGCGCACCGACGCGGGGGCGUACCGCUGCCGCGUGGAAGAGGGCCAACGGGUGCUGCUGUCGGACGAAGGCUUCCUCAGGGUCGAAGGGCUGCCGAGUUUCACGCAGGACCCCGCGAGCGUGAGCGUGUUGCGGGGGGCCGCCUUCAACGUGACGUGCGCCGCCGAGGGUCCCCCCGAUCCCGUGCUCAUCACCUGGUUCCGUAACGGGGCCCCCCUCAACCACGUGGAGGUGUCCCCCUCCGUGCUGCUCGUUCGAGGAGAGGAGACGAGCGCCAAGUAUUCGUGCCACGCUUCCAACGCGAGGGGCGUCAGCGUCUCCCACAAUGCACUGGUCAACAUCAAAGUCGUGCCCACCGCCCCUGGGUCCGUGUCUGUGCCGAGGGCGGCCGCCCACUCCCUCAACGUCUCCUGGGUGCCCGGCUUCGAGGGAUUCUCCACCAUCGCGAGCUGCGUCAUCCAGAUUCUAAGAAAGGGCCUCACCUCGGACGCCAGCAUCACCAGCAGACCCACCCUCACUCCACAUGGAUUCACCUCUACCGCCUCCACCACAAACCCCUCCACCACAAACUCCUCUACCACAAACUCCUCUACCACAACCGCCUCCACGGGCCCUGCCCCCAUGCCUCGUGGCUCCGCCUCCAGCACGACAGCCAAUGAGCAAGCCUGGGAGGUCACUGCCGCCCCCUUUCCGAGCUGGCACGUGAUUGAAGGAUUGGCCGCCAUGGCAACGUACCAGCUGCGAGUCGCCUGUGACAACGAGGUCGGCCGCUCUGAUUGGUCGGGUUGGUCACAAGGCAACACCACGGAAGGGGUGCCGGAGGUGGCGCCCGAGAACGUCUCGCUGAUGCAGAGCGGGGACUGGAUCGACGUGACGUGGGCAGAGGUCCCUCCGACGCUCGCCAACGGCGCGGUGCGCGGUUACCGUCUGAUCUACUCGGUGCAUGGCGCCCCACCGGAGGCUCUGGACGCGGGGAGGAGCGCUCGGGCGCGGCUCAACGUCUCCGCCACGGACGGAGGCAACCUGACGGUCCAGGUGCUGGCGUACACGGCGGCAGGCGACGGGCCGGCCAGCGCCGAGCUCACCGUUCACCUCCACCAGACCGCAGUGGGUGCCAAUCUGGGAGCGGCGGAGAGGGCCGACUGGGACUGGACGCCGCUGGUGGCCGGCCUGCUGGCUGUGGUGGCGGCGCUCGCCCUCCUCGCGCUGUUCCUCGCCGCCGCUCGCCGCCGCAAGGACACCGCCUUCGGACGAGCGUUCCGUACGGUACCGCCCAGUGCCCUGGAGGAGCCCAUGGUGUCGUACCGAGCCAAGAAGUCGUACUCGCGACGCGCCAUCGACAACACGCUCACGAGCCUCGGCGUGAGCGAGGAACUCAAGGUGAAGCUCAAGGAGGUGAUGCUGGAGAGGAGGCAGCUGGCGCUCGGGAAGGUCAUUGGCGAAGGCGAGUUCGGCUCGGUGAUCGAGGGCCGCCUCGUCAGGGAGGGGGCCAGUAGCGAGGGCACCAAGGUGGCCGUCAAGACCAUGAAAUUGGACAUUUGCUCCCGGAACGAGAUGGAGGAGUUUCUGAGUGAGGCGGUCUGCAUGAAUGAAUUUGAUCACCCCAAUGUCCUGGGUCUCAUUGGAGUGUGCAUGGAGAUGUCCCAGCAGCACCGCAUGCCGCGGCCGAUGGUCGUCAUCCCGUUCAUGCAGCACGGGGACCUGCACAGCUUCCUGCUGCGCUCCCGCAUCAGCAACCAGCCCACGCUCGUGCCCCUGGACACGCUCGUCAAGUUCAUGGUGGACAUCGCGGGCGGCAUGGAGUACCUCGCCAGCAAGAACUUCAUCCACCGCGACCUCGCCGCACGCAACUGCAUGCUGCACGAGAACAUGACCGUGUGCGUCGCCGACUUUGGCCUUUCCAAGAAGAUCUACAGCGGUGACUACUACCGGCAGGGCCGAAUCGCCAAGAUGCCCGUCAAGUGGAUCGCGCUGGAAAGUCUGGCCGACCGGCUCUACACGUCCAAGAGCGACGUGUGGGCGUUUGGCGUGACCAUGUGGGAGAUCGCGACGCGGGGGCAGAUGCCGUACCCCGGCAUCGCAAACCACGAGAUCUACGACUACCUGCAGCAGGGCCACCGACUCAAGCAGCCGCCAGACUGCCUCGACCAACUGUACGACCUGAUGUACGGCUGCUGGCACCUGGACCCGACGCAGCGUCCCAGCUUCACGUCGCUGCGGUACGAGUUGGAGAAGAUCGCCAAGUCCCUCCCGGAGGAGCUCUACGUCAACGCGGACCAACUCGACAGGGGCCGAGCCGCCACCGAAUUCUUCUCGGAGCUCGGAGCCUGCGGCGGCGGCGGCGGCGGCUGCACCGGCGGCGCCGGGGCCGUGUGGUGCGCCACGGAUAAGGACCACGGUGCCGGCGGUGACGCAGCGGCGGCAGCGGUGGCGGCCGCGUUUGGGGACCUCGACGGUUGCGGCGACGACGGCGACGAUGGCGGCGCCGCGGGAUGCUGCCGGCCCGUGGCCUCGUGCGCGACGGUGCACUGUGAGGGCGCCGGCGAUUGCGCGGAGGCGGAGAGUCGCUACGUUGUGCCGCCGUCCGCCGCCAACAACGGUCCCGGCGAGGCGCAGGCUUCCGAGCGAGACCCGGCGGCCACCGUCCCCGACAAGACGGUGUGAUGACCGCGGAGUGCGGUGGCGUGGUCGUGGCGCGGGUGCAAGGAAUGAGAUGAGGGGCAGGGGCGGCACCUGAACCUGCCUGCCACCCCCCACUCUCUGCGUUUCUCGGCGACCCGGGACCCUCUGGCCUGUGGGCCCCGGUGGCAGUUGCGCACCGCCUUCACACUCGACAGCUACUUCUCCGUGCCAGAAAUGACAGACGCGAGGGUCUGUGGGACAAGCAAACGGGGGACCGCCUUGCGUCGGUCUGUUUGGACGCUGAAGCUUCACCGCGUGCGGGGAGAGUGACUUACAUCUCGCGUUGGAGCUGACGACUUGGGGUAGUGUCAUCAGGUGUUAUUUUUGGUGAAACGAGCAAGGGAAAUGAAUAAAGGUGGCAAAACAAGAUCAACAGAGGAUGCGAGAGUCUGUGCGUUACGCCCAAUGAUGUCGGUCUCUCCUACCAUUGCCUUUUAUACUUUUACAGGUAAACUGCAAAUGACGCUUUUGUCGGCACAGUCUAAUGUCUUGACAGCGAAACGUCAGACAUCGUGUUAAAAAACAGCACCACGGUACAACCCGAAAACACAUUGGAGAGUUACGCACGGCAACGCAAGCACGGAAACUUGCGCGGCUGUGUGCGGAGUUUGGUUGCUUACGGAACGCUUGCGUUGCCUCAAACUGCAUGCGGUCUGUCAACGAUUUUGUUUCUGUACGUGUGGGUCGUUGCGCAAGCAUUAUAUUAUAUCCAUGGGAGGUAACGUCCUCCACAGCACAAGAUGAAGGAACUCCGCUCCGAUCGUUUGAGAUGAACUUCAGAUUCCACAUGGCGUUAAUGAAGUCCACGAAAGAAUCACAAAUUUUAAAGUGCAUCGGUGAAAUUGUCGCUUUAUGUAAAAAAAAAAUAACUGCCCGACUUAAUGCAAUGUUUCAUCACGUUCGGUAAUUGUUGCAGAAAUUUGUGUCGCCUACAAAACAAAUGUAUAUGCAGCUUUCACGGUAAUUACCGAUAGAUUAUAUCUAACCCUAUCAAUAAUCGGUUGUUAAAAAGUCAAUCUUGAUUCUCUUAAACCCUGCUUUGUACAAUCAAUCACGGUUUUUUAUCUUGUUUUUAUUUAGUAUGUACGUGUAAUUUUGUAUGAUUCUUGUAACCAAACUUUGCACAUUGUAACAUUGCCAGUUUAUACCUUUCAACCACUGCAGUGGGGUGGUCUGCAUUUUGCACUAAUAUAGACGUUUAUGUAAUGCCCUAAUUGUAAUUUUCGUGCAUCAGAAAAUUGUAUUUUCAGAAUGUUGUAGAAAUGUUUGACCAAUUACUGCCUGAGACUCAAAGGGCUACAGGCCAUGCACAAUAUGAAGUCUUAAUUAACUCAUUUACAUCCAGAAUAGGGUGGAGCAGUGGUUCGUACAUUUCACGAGGAAAAACCAUCAGCCUAAGUUUGAGUCCCAGACACGGCUAACAGCAGUGGCGAGUGAUGUCCGAACCGGUCCUGGUUCCCACUCGCCUAAUCCCAUAACCAACUCGCACCAACCAGCAUAGCUUUGGGGCGGCCUUCAUCAAGCAGUGGAUAAAUCAUGGCUGAUACGACGAUGUACUUCUUGCUACAUGUCAUAUGUUGGCUUUUCAAUGAGUACUUCAGAAACACAGCCACCUAUAUAGUUCUUAUAUUGGUUAAAUAAAUUAUCAUUUCAAAUUUAUUUUUUUAUUUCAAUAAUUAUUUACCUGGGAAAAGCCUCUUGUGUGUGCUGUUUUUUUUCAGUGAGGCCUUUUCCAGGAGAAUUUGGCCAAUUCCAUUUUUUUAAAUUGAGUUUUAUUUUUAUAUGGAAGAUAACCAGGCUGUCCGCAGAAAAUCCCGUGCAAAAUAAGAGGAUAACCCUUAAACCCCUGAACAUCUGUAUUUAAGAAUGUACUUCAUGACAAGCAGUUACAGGUUGCUGUUUGUGAUAUAGUGAAAAAUAAAUCUUUUGGUACGUAAGAUUAUCCAACGUGAUUUGUAAAUACAACAUUGUACUAACAGCCAAUGCUUUGUCAUGGAUUUAUAACUCAAUUGUUUAUAACCGUCAACUCUUUGACAUUUUUUUAUAUUCUAAAUGUUGUAUACGUGAAAAAUAAAAAAAUAAAUCAAA